UGAAGGCAAAAAUCCUUUGCAAAAUUUUUCCAAAGAGACUUUUGGAAAAGUUGAAAAUAAGUUAAGCCAAACAUGCCCUCUCUCUACGCAAAUUCCUCCUCAAAGCUCUCCAAUGGCGACGGCGGGCGACGAACUCACAACCUACCAGAGCGGCGGAGACGGCGGAAAGCUCCGGAAGCGACCAAUUCGCCGUAGCUCUCAAACGACGCCGUACGAUCGGCCUCCUAUUGCAAUCAGGAACAAUAACAAUAACCCUAGCUUUUUUGCGAAACUUGUGGACCCUGCGUCUAGGCUUAUAUACGCCGGUGCUGAUAGGUUGUUUGGCGUGUUUCGUAAGCGGAUUCCUACGGUUCCUGCACAACGGCAGCUAGGGACUGUUGAAGAACCAAGGAAUGUGUCUCAGGAAGCAGUUCCAAAUUCUGCAUCAAAGAAUCUCACUGGAGUAGUUGAACCGAACACCAAUGAAGGUGGGAAUGAUAUCAGAUCUCGAGAAUAUGCUUAAACAAAAGACUUUUACUAGAUCCGAAAUUGAGCGUUUGAUAGCAUUGUUGCAUUCGAGAACGACAGAGUCAAAUGUUGUUGAAGGGGAUAAAGCAAAGCUUCCUAGUACAUCGUAUCAAGUUGUAAAACCUGAUGCAUUUGCAAGUGGCACAUUGAACAAACAUGUGGAAGAGAGGGAAAUCAGGAACUUAGAUGCUGCCAUUUUAACACCUGUUGUCAAUUCUAGAGCCUUUGAAGAUGAUGUUGCUUCACCGUUGAGCUGGCAAAGGCCUAUAUGGGGAGUAGGCCUACCAAACUAUCACUAUUACCCCUGAGACCACUCACUCAAACACCAAGACAGGAUUUAGCGUUGCUUAAUAACACAGCCACCUUCCCGAAAACACCUGCCACAUCACAUACACUAAAGACCACAGCUGCUAUUAAGACCUGCGAAAAUGGUUCAACCACCUUUAGAUCUCGAGGCAGAUCUGCUUUAUACGAUAUUCCACGCACACCGUAUUACAGAGGUCCUUCAACUUUAAGUCAAAAGGGUGUGGCUUCACCAUCUGUUUGGGAGCAUGAAGGGUCAGUCGGGUCAAGCAGAAUGGCUGCAAAACGUAGGAGUUCUGCACUCGAUGAUACUGGGUCUGGUGGUCCCAUGCAUAGAAUUAGACAGAAGGCCAAUCUACAAUCACAGCAAAGCUCGCUCUCUCGGGAUAAAAGUCAACUUGGUUCAACUCAAAAGCUGCUUUUACGUAACGAACCCGAGCCGAAUGCUUUUAAGGCAGUAGAGGAAACUGGGGAGAUCAGUAAGCGUAACCAAAGUUACGGUUCGGUUCCUACAGAGUCUAGUAAAAUGGCGUUAAAAAUAUUCGAACAACUCAAAAGAAUGAGUCCGAAGGAACAACCUUCAGGAUCCAAGCUAGCUGGGACUGGAACUACUGAGAACGUAGACUCGCUAAUAGGUUUGUCAAGCUCUCAAGAUAAGCAGAAAUCAGAGGGUAAAGGUAAACAUCACGUGUUGUUUUCGGAUGCUCGUGAGCCAACCUUUCAAAGCAAAGACACUGUUGAAGAAAAUGGUUCAAAAAAUAUUGUUUCCGUUGAUGGAAAUGUUAAAGUGCCAGUUGAAACAAAAGCUGGGUCUGCAACGAAACGAGCUUUUUCAAUGAGUGCUCAUGAGGAUACUCUGGAUCUAGAUGAUGACAACCAUUCUAACGGGCAUGCAAAUAUCUCAGUCGGUGUAAAUAAGAAGCUGGGGGCAUCUGUGUUAGCAAACAACGGCGUUUCUACUAAGUUUGCACUACCUGAGUCCAAAAAAGGUGCCAUAUCUCCUGGUAGUUCUGUUGUUAAUAACCAGAAGCUCGGUUUUUACGUACCUGCUUUGACUUCGUCGAGCAGUACUCAGUCAACAGUGCUUUCUCAACCAACCUCCGUAGUUGAUACAGUUGAAACCACUUGGCGCAACCAGCUUUAUUAAUUCAACCAUGAAUAAUGAUAAUGGCAACAGUCAGAAGCCGGAAAAUUUGUUUGGUAGUUCAGGAUCUUCGUCCUCUGCUAUCCCGACAACUGCAUCAGCAAAUGGUGUAUUUUCAUUUGGUGUCUCAACGAAUAAUUCCGCUAUUAUUAUUAACGGGACUUCUUCAAGUCCAUCAAUUUUUGCUUCUUCGUUUUCUUUUCAAUCUUUCGGAACCAACACAAACAAUGUUUCCAGUAGUAGCUCAUCCACUGUUCUUUCUUCUACCACCACUACUACAGCUGUUAGCAGUACUUUUGCGACAUCUGUGUCUGCAUCCGCAUUUAGUUUUGGGUCUGCAACUGCUUCAUCAACUACAUUGAGCAACGGUGGUAGCAUAUUUGGAUUCAGCUACAUUAACCGCCAACGGAUCUCAGGCAGGCUGCAUUUACUGCCGUUACACAGGCGGUCCCAUUCAAGUUUGGCUCAGGGACUAGCGAGACACCAUCAUCCGCUUCAGCGGGGUCUCUUUUUAGUUCUUCAGCUCCUAGUUUUGGUCUUACUUCUGUCGCCACCUCAUCUGGCGGCUCGACCAGUAGUUCCACCACCACCAUGUUCAGUUCUGGCUCCAGUGCAACACCAAGUUUUGGACUUAGCUCUACUGUCGCCUCAUCGGAGACCAAAUCUGGUGGCUCUGGUUUCGGUUCAACACUGAGUUUUGGAGUUAACUCUACUGUUGCUUCGUCAGAGACCAAAUCUGGAUCAUCUAACGCAGGUGCUUCAACGGGAUCAUCCUUGUUCUCAUUUUCUUCAAAACUGUCUUCUCCUGCUCCAGUCGGAAACUCGACUCCUGUUUUCGGAACUUCGCCCCCUAGUAACACUGAUCAAAUGAGCAUGGAAGACAGUAUGGCCGAUGACUCCAACCAAACACCAAGUCCAGCGCCUGCUUUCGGUCAAGCUUCCAGCGGCACACCACCGGGUUUCAUGUUUGGUUCCGUCACGCCGACAACGGUUCAGCCACCUGGUUUCUUGUUCGGUGCGCAGAUGCAACCACAAGCGCAAGCACCGUCUCAGAGUCCUUUUCCGGCAACACAGUUUAGUGCGGGAGGAAGGUUCUCGUUAGGUAGCGGUGGAGGGGACAAGUCUAAUAGAAGGGUUGUUAGAGUUAAAAGACAGACCAGGAGGAAAUGAUAAAACAUGGGAAGGGGUCGCUUGUUAUGGCUUGGUUUGACAUUCUACAACUUGUGUCAGGUAUUGUGGUAGUUAGAUUGUUCUUGUGUCUCAUUUUUGGAGGAAGUGUUUUGUAUGAGGUCCAUCGGUAUAACAUCUUAUUCUUUUUGUGUAUCCAUGUAAAAACAUACAAGGUAAAGACAUUGCAACUCUAGAGUCAUAAUGCUGAUAUAGCUUGUAUUUCUGUUUUUAUAAUAUAUGGAUGUUGUCUUUAGCUGAC